AUGAUAGAUGAGAACUUUGCGAUUAAACAUGAUAGACGAGGAAUUUUAAGUAUGGUAAAUGAAGGUAGAAAUACGAAUUCUUCUCAAUUCAUGAUAACUUUUCAACCAGCUCCUUGGAUGGACUGCAGAUACGUCGCCUUCGGCCAACUUCUAGAGGGUCUCAGAACGCUGGACGAAAUGGAACAGGUCGAAACCAAUAAUGAUCGUCCCUGUAGAGACAUAAAAAUAACCGAAAUUAAAGUUCUUAACCCCAAAGAUAUAUACUCAAAGCUCGAAUAA